AUGUCGGAUAUAUCAGACUUUUCCGAAACUGAAGAGUUUUCUGAAAAUGAGAAGCAAAAGAAAUUAUUCCAAAAGGACAAGUCCAGAAACUCCACUCUCUCACAGAAUUAUACAACAGACAAAUCACAGAUGUUCAGCAAAAACAGCAGCAUGCGAAGCGUUGACAGUAAUUUGGAAGUGAAUGGAAAAUUAUCUAUUCAAAAAUCAGGAACAUUCGCAUCAACACAAAAUGCCGUAACGAAAAAGGGGUCUCAAGAUGAUCAUAUGCUAGUUGGAAACGAAUCCAAAUCGUUUAAAAAUUUAUAUAGUACCUCUAAGCUGAAUGAAGAAGGGAAACCCAGUCCGACUCCCAGCCCCAAUUCAAGAGUAACGGAUUGUGUCAUGUCCCCACCAAAAUUUUUUCUGUCGCAUAUUUAUCAUGAUAAUAAAGUGUUUACAAAAAAGUAUGGCCACUCAAUAGUAGAAUACGAAAAUGAGUUUUUCAUAUACGGGGGAAUCAAUUCGAAAAAUGAAUAUUUGGACGAGUUUCUAACAUUUACUUAUGGCCUCAACACAUUUACAUCUAAAAAGUUGAGUGUUAAUCCAGGGAAAAGAGCCUAUUCGUCUAUGACUUUAACUUACAAUAUCAAUAACAACCCAUCCUUAUUGCUAUUUGGAGGAUUAUGUGGGCCAAACGUACUGGCAAAAGAUUGCUACAUGUAUGAUUUUAUGGAAGACACAUGGUCCAAGUAUACCUACAAAUUAGAGUCCAUUCCAGGCACGAGAUAUGGGCAUUCUUACACCUUCUGCUCUAGAACAUAUACGACCGUUAUUUGGGGAGGACUAAAUAGAAAUAACGAAUUGCUAAAUACAGGUCAUAAAUUUAUUAAUGGAGAAUGGUCAGAAAUAAAGCAUAAAGGGAUAUGCCCAUCGGGAAGAGUCUUUUCUUCCAUGGUUUGGCUAGAUAGAGUUACAAAGGAAAAUGUCAAUUACAGUUUUCUCUAUCUAUUUGGGGGUGACACGACAAAUAAGGGGACACCAACAGAUGAGUUAUGGGUAUAUAAUUUCAACCAUGAGAACUGGACAAUGGUGAAGAAUUCCUCUGGGGAAACCCCUUGUCCUAGGUGGAAACAUGGAGCUGUUAUUAUUGAUAAGAAUAUGUGGAUCAGUGGUGGGUUAUGUUCCGGUUGGUUUUCAAAUUAUUCCAUCCCUGACUUGUACGUAUAUGAUAUACCUUCCAAUUGUUGGUUUAACUGCCAGAUAGCAUCCAAACAAAUUCAUAAUUGUUACGAUUAUGGUACGUUGAAUUUGCAUUCAGAGACAAGGGCUUUCUUCCUGUUCGGAGGAAAAAAUGCUAACAACGACCCCACAUCAAAUGUGUGUAGAUUUGCACCUCUGUGCACCAAUGUAUCUAUUGUAACUAUGAGAAAUGAGAUCAAGAGAUUUUCCAACUAUGUCCUUGAAGUAAGAAAGGAGUCCGAAGAAACGGCAAAUAAUGUGUCGGAAAUGCAGAAAAUUAUUCACACCUUCAGCCUAGAUAUAAAGGAUUUCAAGAUAUUAUUUGAGGCUCUCACGCGAAGUAUACAAAUGCUUAAGGAAAACAUAGAGAACGUGGAUAGAGAAGUGGCCCUCCUGAAGCAACAGAUUCCUGUAGUUGAAAAGAAGGAGGAGAAUACUAAGAAGGAACCCGCAGUGGGCGCUGAGGCCUCAGCCAAGGAGCCAGUUGCUGACGCAGAAGUUAAGGCAAAUGAAGUAGUAAAAGCGGAGGGGCAAUGA